CACACACACACACACACACACACUCUCAGUAUUUUCUUCUUCAUCCUCACUCAUGGAUUAUUGCCGCCUUUUUGUUCUGCUGCUGUCGACCUGCAGCUUCCUGCCAGAUCUUCAGCUCUGCUUCAACUUCGACACAAAGAACUUCAAGAUCUUCUCUGGUUCCAAAGAAAACCAGUUUGGGUACACAGUCCAGCAGCACGAGGCGGGAGGACGCCAGUGGUUGCUGGUUGGAUCUCCCUUCGAGUCCACAGGGAAGCAGCAGACUGGUGAUGUGUUCAGAUGUCCUCUGGAUGCCAGGAACUCUGCAAACUGCACCCGACUCCACCUGGGGAAACUUUCUCUGGACAACGUGUCCGAGAGGAAAGACAAGAUGAGGCUGGGAAUGACGCUGACCUCCAACCCGAAGGACAGCAGCUUCGUGACCUGUGGGCCACUCUGGUCUCAUGAAUGUGGAAGUUCCCUGUACAGCACAGGAAUCUGUUCCAGAGUCAGCAGAAACUUCAGACUGUCCCACACCAUCACACCCGCCCUGCAGAGAUGUGAGACGUUCAUGGACAUCGUGAUCGUUCUGGAUGGUUCUAACUCGAUCUACCCGUGGUACGAGGUCCAGGACUUCCUCAUCAACAUCCUGCACAAGUUCUACAUCGGCCCAGGUCAGACGCAGGUUGGCGUGGUUCAGUACGGCUCCACGGUGGUCCACGAGUUCAGUCUGGGUGAGUACGAGACGGUGGAGGAAGUGGUGGAGGCCGCCAGGAGCAUCGACCAGCGGGGCGGCGAGGAGACGAGGACGGCGCUCGGCAUCAACGUGGGGAGGUCGGAGGCGUUCAGGCGUGGCGGACGGCCCGGCGCCCAGAAGGUGAUGAUCGUGAUCACAGACGGAGAAUCUCACGACAGUCCGCAGCUGCUGCAGGCCGUCACCGACAGCGAGAGAGACAACAUCACCAUGUACGCCAUCGCUGUUCUGGGUUAUUACAACCGCCGGGGAAUCAACCCCGAAGCCUUUCUGAAGGAGAUCAAGUUCAUCGCCAGCGACCCGGAUGAGAAGCACUUCUUCAACGUGACGGACGAGUCGGCACUGAAGGACAUCGUGGACGCGCUGGGAGAGAGAAUAUUCUCUCUGGAAGGGACCAGCACUCAGGGUCGAGGCUUUGGUCUGCAGAUGGCUCAGGCUGGUUUCUCCUCACAUUUAGUCAAAGACGGCAUUCUGCUCGGGGCGGUGGGCGCCUACGACUGGAACGGUGCCGUGUUGAAGGAGACUAAACAUGGAAAAGUCGUCCCACCAAAAUCCUCCUAUAAGGACGAGUUUCCAGAGGAGCUGAAGAACCACGGCGCCUAUCUGGGUUACUCGGUGGGUUCGCUCAUUUCGUCUCGCGGCUUUCAGCUCUAUGUGGCCGGAGCUCCGAGGUUCAACCACACGGGGAAGGUCAUCGUCUUCACCCUGAAGAACACCGGAAACCUGACCAUCCUGCGGGCGCUGCUGGGAGAGCAGAUCGGUUCGUAUUUCGGCAGUGAGUUGUUAUCAAUGGACGUAGACGGCAACGGACAAACGGACGUUCUCCUGGUGGCGGCGCCCAUGUUCUACAGCCAGGGCUGGGAGAGAGGGAAGGUUUACCUCUACUCUGUUACCCCACAGACGUCGUUCGUCCUGCAGGGGGCGCUGGAGGUUACCGACCACUCCCAGAACUCCCGGCUGGGUUCGGCGCUGGCUCAGAUACCCGACAUGAAUGGGGACGGGUUCAGGGAGCUGGUGGUGGGAGCGCCGCUGGAGGACGACCACCAGGGGGCGGUCUAUGUCUUUUAUGGCCAAGACAAAACCAUCCAGCACCAGUUCAGACAGCGUCUGUCUGCAGCCGGGUUUUCUGCCGGUCUGCAGUAUUUCGGCCAAAGUCUUCACGGUGUUUUGGACGUCAAUGGAGACGGGCUCGUAGACCUCGCCGUGGGAGCGCUGGGAGCUGCUGUCAUCAUCUGGUCUCGUGGUGUGGUGCGGAUUCAGGCCAAACUGACCUUUGAACCUGAGAAGGUCAACAUCUUUAACAAAGACUGUCGGCGAGGAGGGAAGGAGGUCACCUGCAUGUCUGUGACGGUCUGUCUGAGUCUGGACUCCAGGACGAAGACGAGGACGAAGAGCAGGACAGAUGUUGCUGCUUGGUACAGUCUGCUGCUGGAUGAGAGGCGUUUUCCUCCUCGAGCUGUUCUGGACGAAUCAGACCGACAGCAGCCUAGGACUCUGUUCCUGCAGGCCGGAAGGCAGAGCUGCCAACGCCUCGUCUUCUCCAUCCAGGAGACGACAGAUUACGGACGUCCCAUCGCAGUUGUCCUGGAGACAGGGUUGCAGAGCCCAGACGAAGGGCCGGUGUUGGACCCGGACUGGCCGAGCAUCGUGAGGACCGAGCUUCCCUUCUGGAAUGGCUGUGAGCAGGAAGAUACCUGCGUUCCCGACCUCAUCCUCCACAGUCACACUGACCUCAUGGAUGUUCAGCAGUUCUGCAGCUCCAGGGACCGGGCCGCCUGGGCACUCUGCAGCCAUCAGGGGGCGUCACAGGGCUCAGUGUACGUGGUGGAGAGCGGGCGGAGGAGGAUGGUGGUGUUUGCCCGACUGGAGAAUCAGGGAGAGAAUGCCUAUGGAGCCGCCAUCCACAUCUCCACCUCCUCCAACCUCCUGUUCUCCAGCCUCAUCGUCAAGGACCAAUCUGAUAUUCAGAUUGAGUGUUACUCCGAGGACAGGCUGGCCAAUCAGAGGAGCUGUAACAUCAGCGCUCCCUUCAUGAAGUCUUUGUCCCAGGUAUCUUUCCGUCUGGAGUUUGAGUUCAGUCGUUCUGUCUUCCUGGAUCACGUACGUGUCGCCAUGGCGACCACAAGUGAGGGAGAAGAGGGAUACCCAGACGACAACAUCAAUGACAUCUUCCUCCCUCUGAAGUACCAAACCGACCUCCUCUUCACCAGAGACCCCAACCCUCCUCGAUUUGAGAUCAAAGCAGACAGCUCUUCUUCCUCCUCCUCUUCAUCCUGGGACCAACCAGGCAGCAGCUCUCCCACCUUCAACCUCACUUAUUAUAUCCAGAACCUGGGAAUCUUCUCCGUGCAGGACCUCCUGUUCAGGGCUGAUAUCUGGGCUGUGACCCGGCAGGGGAACCAGCUAGUGAACGUCACAGACUACAGCAUCGAGCAGCAGGUCGCUGGGUCUCACUGCACGUUGCCUCAACCCAGAACAACCAAUCAGGUCACAGCUGAGGACCUGUCUCACCUGUCACAGCUGAACCGCAGUACCAGCACCAGCAUGGCGGUCCAGUGCAGACUGAACCUGCCGGCCUCCAGAGAGCUGAAGGUGACGCUCAGAGGAAGACUGCAUCUUCCCACUCUGCUCGCCGUGAGCUUCAGGUCUUUGGAGUUGCUGACUGCUGCCUCCGUCCAGCUGGAAGCGUCUAGUCCGAUGUUCCUCCAGGAGGACAGACCUGUCCGACAGAUAAUCCUGGAGCUGAGGAAGGAGGAGGAUUACAGCGUCCCCGUCUGGAUUAUACUGGGGAGCUCACUGGGAGGCCUGCUGCUACUGGCCUUACUGGUCCUGGCCCUGUGGAAGCUCGGCUUCUUCAACAGACAGAGGAGACAGGAGGAGGAGGAGCAGCCUGUAGCCAAUGGGAAGGCGGCAGAGGAGCUAUAAAGUGUGGACGACAGCGAUGCUGAGUUCAGUCGGUCCUCGUCAACUUAUAAAGUCACAACAUCAGAUCAGUAAAGGUUUGAAUCACUGACUUGUUACAGGCACUUAGAGACACAACGGGACCAUUAACUGUGGGACCACUUCCUGAUGGUGACUUCAUGGGUUGAUGAGGAUCACCUGAAUGCAUCACGAGCCUCCACCUGUCACUCAGGGACCCUGAUGCCCCGCCCCCCAGCCAGAGGCUCUACCAGUUACAGUGAGCCAAUCAGCCAAUUAAUCAAUCACUCAGCCACGUCCUCAAACCAUGUUCUAAGUAAGCAGAAAGUAAAAAAACUCAAUUACAUGUUAAAAUCUUACUUAAAGCUCCCGUAUGUAACGUUCAUUAAACUGUAGUUAACAGCGCCACCAGUGGCCGUUCAUUAAACUGUAGCUAACAGCGCCACCAGUGGUCGUUCAUUAAACUGUAGCUAACAGCGCCACCAGUGGUCGUUCAUUAAACUGUAACUAACAGCGCCACCAGUGGUCGUUCAUUAAACUGUAGCUAACAGCGCCACCAGUGGUCGUUCAUUAAACUGUAGCUAACAGCGCCACCAGUGGUCGUUCAUUAAACUGUAGCUAACAGCGCCACCAGUGGUCGUUCAUUAAACUGUAGCUAACAGCGCCACCAGUGGUCGUUCAUUAAACUGUAGCUAACAGCGCCACCAGUGGUCGUUCAGUGAACUGCAGUCAGUGUCCUGUUGCAUCAUCCUGGGCGUCGGCCAACAGAGACAAACACUGAACGCUGUAAAAUAACUGACAAUCAUAUUUAGAAUAACGUUACUAUCUGCAAUGUUCCUAUAUUUUAUUUGGACCGUUAGCUCCAUGCUAAUAACUAGCUCGCUGUUUACAAAUCAGCCAUCACCACGAAGCAAUUAUGUUUUCAUCAUGAAUGUCUUUAGAUUGCACUGAAACCUGAAGUCGAUCCAAUCAAUUCCCCAGGAGUUUGUUAAAAUACAGCACAUGAAAAUGACAAAAACUGCAUACAACUUGGUCAAUAAAUCAAAAUGGCUGACUUCCUGUUGGGUUUACGAUAAGGCUUUUUUGUAGGUCAGGACACAUUUUAUACACCUACCGAUUUUGCGGCUGACGUUCUGUUAUAGUAAUAAUCUGCAUUAAACUCUCUGUCCAACCAUAUGAUGAUGUCAUGAUGUUGCAGUUUAUUGAUGCGAUUUCAUAAGAAAAGAAAAAAAUGAGACCUGUUAAAAUAAAAGUGAUAAGUGUCUUUUACACUGUGUCUGAGGACAAUAAGAGACAACACGAGACUACCUACGGCUGAUUUUCCUCUUUUAUACUAAUGGAAAUUGUAAAUGCAUCUUACGAACACAUAUUGUAUAUUAUUUCUAAAUUUAUAUCUGAUGCACUUUUUUUGUAUAAAGUCAAACUUGAACUUUUUUGUAAAUAUAAACUUGUGUAUGAAUUAAUAAGGAUAGUGGCAUUAUUGUUUCUGCAGUAGAGUUUCUACAGUGGAUGUACGCCUUGUUCACUAUUUGUGUUCAUAUUGGAAUAAAGAAUAAAGAAGAAACGUA